ACUCGGACGUAGACGUGAACGAAGGUGGUCAUUUCGGUCUUUGGGAUACGACUGUACAAAAUAUUGAAAUGUAAUUUUAGUUAAUAUUAGCUAUGUCAUGCAGUAUGUCUUAAUAGUGAAUUGAGAGUUUUCGCAAAUCAGGUUCAACAGAGAGAACAUAAUAAAUGCACCGAAAGUCUGUAACAGAAAGAUAACAUAACCAUGGACGAUUGCAAUCACCUACGCCUAUACAAAUGGUUUGUUAUCCUGUUGAACAUAGUUAUUGCCAUUGUGGGGCUAGCGAUGGUGGGGUUCGGUUUCACGUUGAGAUUCGGCUCUGAGACUCCGGGAUUCUUCUACAUCAAUUUCGACACACAGCAGUUUGUCAUUGGAGUGACAGUGCUGAUUGUGCUGGGUAUAAUCCUGCUGGUGGUGGCUGGUGUCGGACAUUGUGUAGUCUGCAGUGGGAGCAGGGGUGGCCUGAGAGUGUAUGCCCCCUUGGUAGGGGUUCCUGCCGUUCUGAUAAUGGCCAUCGGAGCCGUGACGUACAUCCGCAGCAAUGAGGUGGGAAAGCAGCUGGCAGAGAUCGACAGGACUGUUUACCUGCAGGACCUCAACAAAGGGGACCCGGGUCUGGUUAACACCCUGAAGCUCUUCCACAAUGCAGUGGGAAAGCAGCUGGCAGAGUACUACAGGACUAUUUACAUGCAGUACCUCAAAGGGGACCAGAGUGUAGUUAUCACCUUGAAGCUCUUCCACAAUCUGCUGGACUGCUGUGGGAUCGGGGGGUCUCUGGAGCCCUUAAUCCGUGACACCUGCCCCAACAAAAGUAUAUUUGACUUCUCCACGCCUUCCUGCCCUAAGGCGAUUGCAGACCUGUUCAGUGCCAAUUCCUCGCUGAUAUUGGGAUGUUUCGUUGGAGCAGCAAUUGCGAUGGUCUUCUUGUCCUUCUGCGCAUGCCUCCUCUUCGCAGCGAUCUCUUUCCGUAACGCGUACACAACGAGCCCUGCGCAUUACGGCUCCCUGAGCUAGAGAGUGACCGUAGCAUCCCAUCGCUCUGGCCAAUGAGCUCUCAACGUACCCCGAGCUCUGUGGCCAUCGCUCUGGCCAAUGAGCUCUCAACGUACCCCGAGCUCUGUGGCCAUCGCUCUGGCCAAUGAGCUCUCAACGUACCCUGAGCUCUGUGGCCAUUGCUCUGGCCAAUGAGCUCUCAACGUACCCCGAGCUCUGUGGCCAUCGCUCUGGCCAAUGAGCUCUGAACGUACCCCCAGCCGCCCCUCUCCCUGCUCCACUCUCCUAAUUGGAAAUGGCAUUACUCUGCAAUGUAUUGUGAAUAAUGCAGACUGUUUCGAGAUGAUUAAUAUAUCCUGACAUGACGAUCUGAAGUGGCCAAGUAUGUUUUCUGAUCUCGACAGUAGGUGUUAUUUCAAUACGUUGUAGUUUAUAUUUCCCUAUGGGGGUGUGGCCUGCUUGCAUUUUCUCCAAAACUGCAUCCCAAUCUGUCCUGGGAGAGACUGUAACUUCCCCUCCUGCUCUGUAUUCUCUGCCUGGUGUGUCGUCUGCCCCUGUAACCCUUAAUCUUCUUUUUAGCGAGUUUUCGGUUUUCCCUCUCCUCUGGUGGACCCUUGUUUCUGGUAGACCCUCAUCUCUCUGCCCCCCCCCCAACCCCUACUCAGAUCUGUACCACGGUGUGCUCCUGCAUCUUGAACAAGCAGAUCAAGAGGUUCCACCAGCCGAUUCCCACCUACUUCUAACCAGCCUCGUUACUCAAACCAGCGGUUCAGUUCUCUUCAGACCACGGAUGCUGCUGAUGCUGUCUUGUGACCCUAGCUCAGGAAAUUAGCAAUCUGUUUACGGCUCAGUUUCCCACUUCCUGUUCCUGCCAUAGUUAUGGUAUUUCUUUAAUCCGGUUGGAAUUUGCUGGCAUUUGUAGUGUUAUUAAACAUUUUUGGAGUGCAAGCACUCUUCUUUCCACACCAUUUGUAGAAAUUUAGAUGUUCUUCUGUGCAAUUUUUCAGAUGUUUUAGAGCAGUGGUCACCAACCCUUUUCACUCUAACGAAGCGCGCCUCACUCAAAAGCUAUCUUAUUGCGCUGCUAAUUAGUACAAUCAGGUGUGCCAACACCUGUUGGAGUGAAAACCUUCAGGUCUGUAGAUCUCCAGGAACAGGGUUGGUGUUAUAGAGGUUAUUUCAGACAAAUAGCUGGCAGUAAAAUGCAAGGGUUGAGACCCUCAUGUUGUGAAUGUAAUCUUUCAUUAAUCCAGUAUGAUUACUAGCUUUGAUCAAAAGUGCUAAAUUCAGUUGAUUUUGAAAAGUUAAGUGCCUCAGCUCUGUUUCGUCUGUCAGAAACCGCCGUAUGCGGUACAAUAUUUCAGAGGUUAGAAAUGGGAGAAAAAAUAUUUGACCAAACUGAUUUUUUACUUUGAGUUAGUGAGCUUGUUUCAUAUGACAUUGUCUUGAUUGUUGUUCUUCAGAAGCAUUUAAAUAGCUCUUUUUUUGGCUUUGCAUUUAUGUAUGCUGGUGCAGCUGUUACAAUAUAAUUUUGGUGGAGAGCAAAAUUAAAUGUUUUCCAAACAA